CCCGAGUAGCUUUAAAAACUUCUCGGCGGGGUUUCUGCGCUCGCCUCUAGCUCAGCCGGCCGGCCUCUCCGAUUCCUCUUCCUCCGUGCCUCCCACUCAGCCGGCCGGCCAGACCCACCCACUGCCUGGUGAUCGUCGUGCUCGUGGUGGCGGGUCCGGCGAGCGAGCGCGGCGCCCAUGGCGAGCGACGGCGACCACGGCGGCGCGCUGCAGAAGCCGCUGCUGCCGAAGGCGGCCAGGGGCGGGGGCUGGUUCCGGAAAGGUACGAGCACGGCGCACCCGUCCGGCCUCAGCGCCGCCGCUGCCGGCACCUCGUCCAAGGCCGCCGCGCUGCGGCCGACCCACCACGUGCCCGCGCUGCUCUGCACGCUGGUCGUCGCGCUCGGCCCCAUCCAGUUCGGCUUCACCACCGGGUACUCCUCGCCAGCGCAGGACGGCGUCACCCGGGACCUUAACCUCUCCAUCUCCGAGUUCUCGGCGUUCGGCUCGCUGUCCAACGUGGGCGCCAUGGUCGGGGCGAUCGCCAGCGGCCAGAUGGCCAAGUACGUCGGCCGCAGAGGGUCACUGAUGAUUGCGGCGGUUCCGAACAUUAUGGGCUGGCUCGCAAUCUCCCUGGCCAGAGACACUUCGUUUCUGUACAUGGGGAGGCUGCUGGAAGGAUUCGGUGUCGGUGUCAUUUCCUAUGUGGUACCAGUAUACAUAGCAGAGAUAUCUCCACAAAACAUGAGAGGAGCUCUUGGCGUCGUAAACCCGUUGUCUAUAACCUUUGGUGCCAUGCUUGCCUAUGUGCUUGGCUUGUUUUUUCCUUGGAGGCUUCUUGCGUUAAUAGGAACCUUGCCCUGCCUACUAUUGAUACCUGGCCUAUUCUUCAUUCCGGAAUCUCCAAGAUGGCUGGCAAGGAUGAAUAUGAUGGAUGAGUGUGAGACUUCUCUACAAGUUUUGAGGGGGAUAGACGCUGACACAACUGCAGAAGUGAAUGAUAUAAAGGUAGUUGUAACAUCAACAAACAAAAGUGGUACAAUACGUUUUCUAGAGUUGAACCAAAAGAAAUACCGAACUCCCAUAAUUCUAGCAACAGGCUUACUUGUAUUGCAACAGCUAAGUGGAAUGAAUGGCAUAAUCUUUUAUUCAGGUAGCAUCUUCAAAGCUGCAGGGCUCAAGAACAGUAACUUGGACACAUGUGUACUUGGAGCUAUUGGGGUUCUUGCUAGUGUUGUUACAACCAAGAUCUUGGACAGAGCUGGACGGAGAAUCCUUCUUAUUAUUUCUUCGUCUGGGAUGACUCUAAGCUUGCUCACGGUUGCUGUUGUAUUUUACAUCAAGGGCAACAUUUCACAUGACUCUGACUUGGGUAACACCUUAAGUAUGGUGUCUUUGAUUGGUGUCUUGGCUUGUGUCACUGCUUACUCCUUUGGUAUGGGUGCCAUUCCAUGGAUCAUAAUGGCUGAGAUCCUUCCUGUUAGCAUCAAUAGCGUGGCAGGAAGCUUUGCCACCCUUGCCAACUGGCUGACAUCCUUUGGAAUAACAAUGACAGCAAAUUUGCUUCUAAGUUGGAGUGCUGCAGGUACAUUUGCCUUGUACAUGAUGGUGAGUGCUUUCACGGUCGUCUUCGUCAUCCUUUGGGUGCCAGAGACAAAGGGAAAAACCCUCGAGGAGAUACAAUGGUUCUUCCAGUGAGCUCUAGCAUUUCAUCUUUAUAUGCAAAUAGCGUGGCACAUCCUCUAGGAUCUAUAAGAAAAUAUAGUGAAAUAUAGCAUAAUCAAUGUCAUUUAGCAAUUUUAGUGUUUAAAUGGAAUUUGCUAUUGUUUUCGUAAGAAAAACUAUAAAUAUUGAAAUUUUAUAAAAAUAUUACUCAAAUAUAUGUACGAGGAUGUAAAAGAAGAUGUCCCUAGAUCCAUUACUUAACAUUUGUUGAAUCAAUCGAGGAUCGAAAUAGUCGACCAACGAAUGUGUAUAGAAGCCAAUAAAUAAUUUUUGCACAAGGUAAUU